AUGAUUUCAGAUUCGAUCACCAAUGCUUCUGCUACUGGCCCAAGGGAUUCCAGGAAGAAGAAGAGGAACAAUAAGUCGGCGAAGAUUAAGCAGAGCAAGCUCGGUCUCCGCCGUGAGCAAUGGCUUUCCCAAGCUUCGAUGACCAAUAAGGGAUGCAAAGAGGAGGCAAGUGCCAAUCGCAGUGAGAAACCUGAUCAGAGAGAGAAAAUUUAG